AUGUCCUCAUAUGCGUUGAUCUUUGGAAAAGCAUGUCAUUUGCCAUUAGAACUUGAACAUAAAGCAUUUUGGGCCACAAAGAAACUUAAUUUCAAUAUGGAAGUUGCAGGAGAGGCAAGGAAACUACAGUUGCUGGAAUUAGACGAGUGGAGAUUGCAAGCAUAUGAAAACGCCAAAAUUUACAAGAAGCAUACAAAGCGUUGGCACAACCAACGCAUCUGGAAAUUGAAGUCGCGUUGGUUAGGACCUUUUAUCAUUAAGGAAAUCUACCCAUAUGGAGCAGUGGAGCUGAAUAAUGAAGAUGGUACCAACGCAUUCAAGGUGAAUAGCCAAAGGAUAAAACCCUACUAUGGAGGUGAUUUCAAUCGCGAAAGUACCUCCAUUGACUUGGGAAAACCUGAAUGA